AUGUCAGAUUUCGAUAAUACGUACAAAAACGUUAGUCCAGAAACUAUUCGAAAACGAAAAGCUAAAGCACAAGAGACGGCGGAACAACGGAAAGCUCGACUAAAUCGAGAAAGCGAACGAAAACGUCAAAAACGUGCGCAAGAAAGUGAAAAUAAACGUGAAGAACGUCUAGCAAGCCUUCGUAAAAGAAGAAACGAUAAAAAAAAAAUGGAAACCAACGAGGAACGUGUGCUUCGCUUGUCACAAGAAAGAAAUCGUAAACGCGUGUUGCGAGCUCGUAAUAAGAAUCACCUACAAGAUCAGCAAAUAAACGAAACAAAUGAGUGA